AUGUCGUGGAAGCUCACAAAGAAACUCAAGGAGACGCAUCUGGCGCCCUUGGCCAACACUUUCAGCCGUUCGUCUUCCACCUCGACAAUCACUCCCGACCCUGCACCAAAGCCGCCAAACAGCCCUCUAGCCUCAUCCACCGCCGUCAACGACCCCAAUGGCAUCGGUAUGAAACUCCCUGUCUCUUCUGCGAGAUUGCCGCUGACACUGCACANNGCCGCGUCCGAAGCCCAAUCCUCGCCUCCAGCCCCACCUCUCAAGCCUGGUAUCCUGAUCCUCACCUUCCACGAAGGCCGUGGCUUCUCUCUGCCUGCCGGCGCUGAACAGAUCUUCCAACCUCGCCACGGCGCUUCUCUUUCCAGUGGUAGUGGCUUUUCUGUAGCUGGUGCACGCCCCGGUUCCGUCAGCAACUCGGCCUAUGGUUCGUAUGCUCCCGGACGCCCCCAAUCAUCACAGGGAGGCAUCAACGCCGCUCCCUCGGUCCACGGCCGUUACUCGUCCAAGUACCUCCCUUACGCCCUCGUCGACUUCGACAAGCAACAAGUCUUUGUCAACUCUGUUUCAGGUACACCAGAGAAGCCCGUCUGGGCCGGCGAGAACACACAAUACAAGUUCGAUGUCUCUCGUGCUUGCGAACUAAAUCUAUCCAUCUACAUCAGAAACCCCAACGCUCCCCCCAAUGCCGGUAGAAACGACGACAUCUUCCUGGGAACGUGCAGAAUCAACCCUCGCUUUGAAGAAGUUCACCCCUAUGAAGAAGAUCCCAAGCUGGGCAGAAAAGACAGGGAAAAGGCCGCUUUCGCCCACGCAGAGAAGGCAAAGACUCAAGGUCAAUCUGGCACCGAGUGGGUCGACCUCCAGUACGGAACCGGAUCAAUCAGAUGUGGUGUCAAAUUCGUCGAGAACAGACAAAGAUCGCUCAAGAUUGAGGACUUCGAACUGCUCAAGGUUGUUGGCAAAGGCAGUUUCGGCAAGGUCAUGCAAGUGCAGUACCGCGAUACCCGCCGAAUCUACGCUCUGAAGACGAUCAGAAAAGCUCACAUCAUCUCACGCUCCGAAGUUGCCCACACCCUUGCCGAGCGUUCGGUACUGGCUCAGAUCAACAACCCUUUCAUUGUUCCCAUGAAGUUCUCCUUCCAAUCUCCAGAGAAGCUCUACAUCCAUNUCUGUGGUACGCCCGAGUAUCUCGCACCCGAGCUGCUGCACGGAACCGGCUACACCAAGACGGUUGACUGGUGGACAUUGGGUGUUCUCCUCUACGAGAUGCUGACUGGACUGCCGCCGUUCUACGACGAAAACACCAACGACAUGUACCGUAAGAUUCUGGCAGAGCCUCUACACUUCCNNCCUGGCCCCGAGAUUGUGCCCCCUGCCGCACGAGACCUGUUGCAGAAGCUGCUCGACAGAGACCCGACAAAGAGAUUGGGUGUCAACGGCGCAGCAGAAAUCAAGGCACAUCCAUUCUUCCACAGCAUUGACUGGAGAAAGCUCUUGGACCGCAAGUACGAGCCUAGCUUCAAGCCUAACGUGGUGAGUAUCUGUGACUGCUAUGUGACGAGCAAGAAAAAUGCUGACAUGACGCUAGNNCUCGAUGACAGAGAUACUGCCAACUUUGAUCGCGAGUUCACAUCAGAAGCACCUACAGAUUCGUACGUCGAGGGACCAAUGCUCUCGUCGACGAUGCAACAACAAUUCGCAGGAUGGUCAUACAACCGGCCAGUCGAGGGCUUGGGCGAUGCAGGAGGCAGUAUCAAGGAUCCAUCCUUCAUGACUAACUGA